AUGGAGUUAAUGUUUAAUCUUGUCCUUGACAAGCUUGAAGUGCUAAGAACGGAUGUCAGCACUAUGUAUUACAAACAGAUUUUUAUAGAGAACUUGUCGAGGGAUAACAAUGAAGGCCUAUCGGGAGGACAAAUAACUGGAGGAAAUAGUGCAGGGACAGGAAAUGAUGAGUAUGGAAGCGAAGAGAAUAAGGAGACGGUUGCCUUGGAAGUGGUGAAAAAACAGAAAUCUGACGAAGGUAGUAGGAAGCUGGAGAAGGAUAGAGACGAAAAAGAUAAUAGUGUGAAUGUCGAGGAGUCUGGUAAAGACGCAGAUAACAUGAUGGCAGAUGAGGAUGGGACAGACGCAAGAAAGCUGAAUGAAGAGGAGGAUUAUCAGAGAAUACAGGAGGAGAGGGAGAGGUUAGAGAAGGAAGAGAGGGAGAGGUUAGAGAACGAAGAGAGGGAGAGGUUAGAGAACGAAGAGAGGAAGAGGUUAGAGAAAAAACAGGAGGAGGACAGGGAAAUGGAAAGACAUGAGCUGGAGAAACAACGUCAGGAGGAUAGGGUGGUUGAGGAAACAGACGGGCAGGAAACACUGGACGGUGAGGAAAGUGGGUGUUUGAAUAGCGAAGAAACAACUAAGAAUAUGAACACGGAGGAGGCGAAGCUGGAGACAGAAGAGAACAAAGAGAGAGAUAACACUACGACAGAAAAAGAGAACAUAAAACUGGAGGAGGAGAAACAGGAGCAAGAGAGGGUGGAUAUGGCGGGUCGAAAAGUGGUGGAGGAGCCGGGGAGCCUUUUGGCGGAAGCGGAGAAGAAUAAUUCGCAGGAUAAGACUAAUCAGCAGAUGCCGGUAGGGGAGGAUGAAGAACCUGGUGAUGAAAUGCACAACAAUGAUGGUGACAAAGGUAAUAAGGAUGACGACGCAGUGGGUAGUUCGAGUGAGAGUGUCAAAGGGAACGCCGGUGAUGAUGUGGACAACAAUGAUUGUGGCCCGAAAAACAAGGUGUGCGACAAAAAUAGUGAGGAUGACGGUCUUGUUGGCGGUGGUUCGAGAGAGAGUUUAAAAAGGAAAGCAUCAGAUGCCCCUCCGCCAGAGAAAGCACCAAAGGAACAGAAGAUUUUUGCUGGUAAAGAUGAACAAGUUCUACCCUUCAAAAUUGAAAGGUCGAAAAUGAGAGCUUCCAUGGGAAAUAUGUUGACCACCUCUGCAAAGCACAUAGCUGAGUAUGUGUUUGACGAUCGAAGAGAUAAAUGUGAAAUUCUCGUCAAGUGCAAAGAGUUUGACGCAUCAAGGCUGGAGUUACGCAAUUUGUAUCCCACGAGCUUAGUGUCGGACCAGGUUAUGGACUUGAAGAAAUUACAGGGCGGGACCAUUGGGUGGAGCUUGCCAUCGUAUUUGACCGGUGAUCCUGAAAAGUGCUAG